AUGAAUUUUUCCAAAGCUCAACAAGUGGACAUCUACAUUUCUCAAGAUAUUUGGAUGAUAUUCGCACCCUGUUACAUUUUACUGGGAACAAUCGGUAAUCUGUUUGUUCUGAUUAUUUUCUGUAAAAAGUGCAUGCAUGAUGUUGUCAACGCCACAUUUAUGAUACUGUCAGCGUUGGUAGAUUUCGCCAUCUUGUACACGUCUCUGCUGGCCAAAUGGUUGAAGUACACGGAAAUUAUCGACUGGGAUUUAGUCCCCGAUCUUAUCUGUAAGCUACAGUUAUGGUUGUCGACGUCCUUUGGAAUGAUGGAGCCUUGGAUUGUUGUUGUCAUCACUGUACAAAGAGGAACCAUGUUGCUGCAGCCGUUUCGGAACUUGGGAGUCUCGAAAAACGUCUCAAACGACUUGGUCAAGGUAUUUUCUAUGGUUAUGUUCAUAUUUCUUAUCAAUUUACAUUUGAUGCACGGCUCUUUCGACGGCGAUGCCUCCGUCAUUACGUUUCCACGUACCUACUGUUACGGAAACGACUCCCAAUAUUUGCUCUUCUUGAAGAAAUGGGAGAUAGCUCGAGUGUUUUUCGUUCUAAUAUUGCCUACCGGUAUCUUCUUUGUGUUUGACAUUGUCAUAGUUUAUCAGUUGAAAAUGUGUGCCUGCAUUCGCAGAAGCAGCCGACAGGAAACGAAGCCGUCUUCAGAGGUAGCUCACAACGCCAGUCGUAGUAUGAAGUAUAUCUUAAUCCUAAAUAUUGUUUUUUUAGUCACAAGCUUCCCAACUAUCUUUGUUACAAUGAAAUCUCCGUCAGAAACACGUGAUGAAGCAGAUGAUUUCUUUCUGCUAACCGUUACAAGUUUGUUGCUCUACACACGCAAUGCAGCCGGCUUCCUGGCCUUCAUAGCUAGCGGUAAAUUUCGACGGGAAGUAAUGAAAAUCUAUCGAAAUUGCAAAAUCAAUCUGUUUUCACCGAGGAAUAUGAUAAAGCCUUUAGAGAAAUAA